UGUUACCAAUCAAUUCAUCAUUAAAUUUAACUUAAAGUAACUAAUGGAAACAGAUGAAAACAAAAGAGUAGAGAUGAGCAAUUUCAAUAUGACCAUUUGGAUUGUUCCUGGUUUUACUUGUUCCUUUCAAUCUCUUUUUGUACACUAAAUCAUAACAUUUUUUUUCCCACUUAUGACUGAGAACCCUCAAGGCUUCCAUGAUGUGGAAUCAACUGUCAUGGAUUCUCCGAACAUAAGGGGCGGCCAGGAAUCGACGGCUGCAGUUAAGUUGCAGAAAGUUUACAGGAGUUACCGCACUAGGCGUCGGUUGGCCGACUCAGCCGUGGUUGCUGAAGAGUUAUGGUGGCAAGCUAUAAAUUAUGCAAGGCUUAAUUAUAGUACAGUUUCGUUUUUCGAUUACCAUAAAUCUGAAACACCAGCCUCGAGGUGGAGUAGGAUUAGCUUGAUUGCUUCAAAGAUUGGGAAAGGAUUAUGUGAGGAUUCUAAGGCACAAAAAUUAGCUUUCCAACAUUGGAUUGAAGCUAUAGAUCCAAGGCAUCGGUAUGGUCACAAUCUGAAAGUUUACUAUGAAGAAUGGUGUAGAAGAGAUGCAGGGCAGCCAUUUUUCUACUGGUUGGAUGUUGGAGAUGGGCAUAAGGUUGAUCUAGAAGAUUGCCCAAGACCAAGGCUACGCGAAGAGUGCAUCAGAUAUCUUGGACCGCAAGAGAGAAAAGCCUACGAGUAUAUCAUUACUGAAGGAAAAAUAGUGCACAGACUAACUGGAGAACUCCUUGAUACUAAGCAAGGCAAGCAAAGUACAAAAUGGAUUUUUGUAAUGAGUACCUGUAGAAAGCUUUAUGUUGGUGAGAAAAAGAAGGGAUCAUUUCAUCAUUCCAGCUUCCUUGCAGGAGGAGCCACCUUGUCUGCUGGAGGGAUCAUAGCAGAAUGUGGAAGAGUCAAGUCAGUAUCAGCCUACAGUGGUCAUUACCGUCCCACUGACAUGAAUCUCAGCAGCUUCCUCACAUUCCUUGAGGAGAAUGGAGUCAACCUUGAUGAAGUUCAGGUAAUGUCAACCAUUGAGGAUAAAAAUAACUAUGAUACUAGCAAGUCAGCUCGGCGAGGACAUACGUUACAACGCAUAAAAGCUUUUAGCUCACGCUCAUUUCGUGCUCCAAGGGAGGCGGUAAAAGAACAAGCAUCUGAAUCUUGUAAAUCUGGUAAAGCAAGCAGAGUUAGCAGUUAUACAAGGAUGUUGUCAAGUAGUCUCCGCCAGAGCACUCAAACACAGGUUCCGAAACAAGAAAUAUUGCAGAGGAUCAAGACCAGGAAAGAAGCACAAUCCUACCAAUUAGGCAAGCAACUUUCUUUGACAUGGUCGAGUGGAGCCGGCCCAAGAAUCGGGUGUGUGGCCGAUUAUCCUCUCAAGUUAAGGGUGCAAGCAAUGGAGUUAGUGAACCUUUCACCAAUGCAGACCCCUGCAGCAUCAGCAUCCGAGCCAUUGAAAGUUUCCACAUCCAAAUCGUGUAGAACUUGCAGAAUUAUGUGAGCUCAAAUGACCUGAUUUGCGCUCUUACAUUGACUUCAAACGGUUUCUAAAUUAUAAUUUUUUUUCAUUUUCUUCAUCAUCUUAAUCAUUUGUUCAAAUUGCCAGCCAUAAGCAUUCUUACCGUACGUUCCCAUUUUUGUAAGAGACAUACAGAGAUUUGACUAUAUCAAUAAUCAAAGUACUUAACAAAAAAAAAAGAAGAG